ACCCCGGACUAUAUUUUCCAGAAUACCUUGCGGCACGCAUGAGCAGAAAAGCCUGGGACGAAGGGGCGGUGACAUUGUAGUACGUCCCCUCUGUUUCUGGGCUUCAUGGGAAUUUUCUCAGUUCUUGGGCAGUGAAGAGGCUACUGGAUUCCGCCCUCCGUAAACCCCUUUCGUACAGAACAGAGCGAGACAGGGCGGCAAGCCAGGUACCACCAUGGCCGCGAAUUAUUCCAGUACAAGUAACAGAAGAGAACAUGUGAAAAUUACAACUGACCGCCAGCCGGGCUUCCUGGAGCGGCUGAGUGAAACCUCGGGUGGGAUGUUUGUUGGGCUCAUGACCUUCUUGCUCUCCUUCUACUUAAUUUUUACCAAUGAGGGCCGUGCAUUGAAGACAGCAACUUCCCUGGCCGAGGGACUCUCACUUGUGGUGUCCCCUGACAGCAUCCAUAGCGUGGCCCCGGAAAACGAGGGGAGGCUUGUGCACAUCAUUGGGGCACUGCGGACAUCCAAGCUCUUAUCUGAUCCAAACUAUGGGGUCCACCUUCCGGCUGUGAAGCUGCGGCGGCAUGUGGAGAUGUACCAGUGGGUAGAGACUGAGGAGUCCAGGGAAUACACUGAAGAUGGGCAGGUGAAAACUGAGAGGAGGUACUCCUACAACACUGAAUGGAGGUCGGAAAUUGUCAACAGCAGAAACUUCGACCGAGAGAUUGGCCACAAAAACCCCAGUGCAAUGGCAGUGGAGUCAUUCACAGCAACAGCCCCCUUCGUUCAAAUUGGCAGGUUUUUCCUCUCAGCAGGCCUCAUUGACAAAGUGGAUAACUUUAAGCCGCUGAGCCUGUCCAAGCUAGAGGACCCGCAAGUGGACAUCAUUCGCCGGGGAGACUAUUUUUACCACAGUGAAAACCCCAAGUAUCCAGAGGUUGGAGACCUGCGUGUUUUCUUUUCAUAUGCAGGGCUGAGCGGCGAUGACCCUGACCUGGGCCCAGCUCACGUGGUCACUGUGAUUGCCCGUCAGCGGGGUGACCAGUUAGUCCCAUAUUCCACCAAGUCUGGGGACACCUUGCUGCUUCUGCACCAUGGGGACUUCUCACCAGAGGAGGUGUUUCAUAGAGAACAAAAGAGCAACUCCAUGAAGACAUGGGGCCUGCGGGCUGCCGGCUGGAUGGCCAUGUUUAUGGGUCUUAACCUCAUGACACGGAUCCUCUAUACCUUGGUGGACUGGUUUCCUGUUUUCCGAGACCUGGUCAACAUUGGCCUGAAGGCCUUUGCCUUCUGCGUGGCCACCUCACUGACUCUGCUGACUGUGGCUGCUGGUUGGGUCUUCUACCGGCCCCUGUGGGCCCUCUUCAUCAGUUGCCUGGCCCUGGUGCCCAUCAUCAUUGCUCGGACACGGGUGCCAGCCAAAAAACUGGAGUGAAACAGGUUGUGGUACCCACCGACACCCAUGUGAGCCUCAGGACCCAGGUUACCCGCUGCCCUUCUGACCCCGCUCCACGCCAGAGCAUGAGUCUGCAUCGGUUUGGAUUCUGUACCUGCUCCACUCUUCAAGGGGCCAGACUUGGCAAAGUAUAUACACUUACGUCAGGUUUGGUGUUUAUCAGUUAACGUCUCCACUCCUUUUCUUGCCAGUGAGCAGCUUUAGUGGGCAGAAGGCAACUCCUGUCUGGCAGCGUGACAGCCAUUCUCCUGCUUGUUUCCUCUCCCUCUCUUGGAACUGUGUGUGUAGCCAGUUUGCAUGCUUCACUUACCUGAUGCCUGCAGAUGUUGAGGAAGUGACACUCCAGACCUGCUGCCUUAUUGCUUUGUCUGCUCCUCAUCCUUGGAGAUGAGUGCCAGAGCUCUGCCAUGACUAUCAGCUGUGCCUGUGAUGCUAGAGGGCCACCGUUAUCAACUGUCUCCAAGCAGUACUGGAUUGCCAAGACAGACUAAAUAAGCCCAUACCCUGCAAAGCGGGGGCAUCACAAACCCAGUUUAUGGAUAGAACUUGAUUUGGUACUUCUUAAAGAGAAAAACUACUGGAGAUGUCAUGAGGAGGAAAAUUGGACAUUUAUUGAGCUUUAUACUCUAUGGUUUGGCAGAAUCCUUUUAGUGUAUGGGAUCUCCAAAGGCCCUGAGUUUUUGUUACUUCUUCAUGUCUACUCUCCUACCCUAAGAGGGAGUUGUUUGAAAUAAGAUUUAAAGGGCAAAACAGAAAAACCUAAAUGAUUAACAUUUCAGACUAUUACAUAAAGACAGCCUUUAAUCUGGUAGUUGAAGUUCAGAGCACAGGUGUUAAAUGAGGUGUGACUCACCUGGAUAAAAAAAAGUUACCAUUGUCAGUAUUCCCAGUGUCUUAGUCACUGGGAAGCUUUAUAAUGCUUUUGAAACAAGUGUUAGCAAAGGAUUUGUUUUCCCCUGGGAAGAGACUGGGCAUCUCUACAGGGUAGAGAAAGGCAUUUCCUUUCAUCGUUUAGUACCAGAAACUACCUAUUUACUUGAAGAUGGUUUUGAGCUUUUAGUCAACCAUUAAAGGAAAAAAUUGGAAGCUUUAUUAUCUCUUAUUAUCCUUCAUAGCGACCCCUCCAGUCAAAAUCAAGAUAUGAGGCCUCAGGCUUGCUGGAGAUUUGAAUGCCUUGCCUGGCCUCUUUCAUCAUGGGAGUACUUCUGACAUUAGCAGCCAGGGCUCAAGUGGCUGCUUCUGAGUGAUUUAUCUGUUAAGUGUCCACAGCUUUGCUCUUCCUAAAUAAACCUACUCACGCUUAAUUCACAUAA